AUGGCGAGCAACAUGGAGCUUCUGGAAUGUCCAAUGUGCGACUUCACAGUGCUUCCGAGUGAUGACUAUGUCCUUCAACUUCACUUUGAGCAAGCGCACACCACGGACUCUCCUUUCGUGGUCGACGAUGACCCGGAAUCGCAACCACCCGUAUUGCCACCAAGACCCUCCUCGAAACGCAAGCACGUAGGAGACACGCCUUCCUCUGACGAAGAGGACAACACAGUCGUGUGCCCUGAACCUGGCUGCAGCGAGCUUGUUCUUCUUUCCGACUUCAACGAUCAUCUUGACUAUCACGCCGCAGAAACAUUAUCAUUUGACGAGACUACCGGGAAGUAUCGUUCUCAUCAUUCAUCCGCUACUAUGCAGAGCUUAGUCGCUGCCCAAAAUCCACAUGCGGGCCCCUCGAAGUCACUUCUAGAGCACACCUUCAGCACGGAUAUGCCAGACACCCUGAAAAAGAAUGAAGGCCAUGGGCGCAAGAUCAAGAAGCACGCCCACCGUAACAGGAGCGACACCAACAGCAGCGAGAAAAGUACCUUAUCCAGGAGCAUUCUCAGCUUCAACCCGUUUGCGAAGCUAGACAAAACAGUCAAGCCGCCUAACAAGAGUGCUCGUCUUGGUAAAUCUGAACUCGGCCCUUAUGCUUGGGAAGAUCGCAUGCCCAAUUGGCUGCACGAUCAGCUUGAUGCCGGUCCCAAGACUACAGUCGUCAACCGUAUCGGUCGAGACGGCCGCCUCAUCAAACAAGAGCAAGUGCAAAACGAGACACCCGGUAUUAUACCCAUCCUCGCCCAGUUAUCCGCCCUAGAUCAUUCUGUCAAGAACGCCUAUUACUGUCACCCUUCUACCCUUCACAUCGGAAAGACCCCUAAGGAGGGUGCUUUUUGUGGUUACAGGAACAUCCAGAUGCUCCUUUCCUACAUUCAGGGCGCUAAAGCUCAAGGCCACGAAGAGUUUCCUGGGCGAACACCAGGUGUGCUCAAACUCCAAGAUCUCAUCGAAAGGGCCUGGGACAAAGGCAUCAACACGAUUGGUCGGGUCCAGACAGGCGGUAUCCGGGAUUCUAGGAAGUAUAUUGGAACUCCAGAGGCUCAAGCCUUCUUCCUUAGCUCAGAGAUCAACUGCGCCGUCGAAAUGUUUAGUGACGAUAAAGACCGCAAAAAAGAAGCCCACGAAUUACUUCUCGCUGCCAUCGAGCGAUAUUUUGCUCAGGCUGCGGUCAGCGACGGCUCGAAUAUUUACAAAACCCUUCUUCCGCCUAUAUAUCUUCAACAGCCCGGCCACUCUCUCACCAUCGUCGGUUUUGAACGACGUCGAGACGGCUACUGCAAUCUCAUGAUAUUCGACCCCGUGUAUUCUACUAGCCCGGCUAUGCAAAAGCUGGUUGGCCGGAAGAACAUUCAGACUGCUCGUCCGGAGGUCUUGCAUGCAUAUCGGCGCGGUACUAGGCAGCUCAAGAAGCACGCUGCUUUCGAGGUCCUUAUGCUUACGGCGACGCCGCCUCGGUUCCCCGCUUGGGAUGUUCUACGCCAAUUCCCCGAUUGUCGCUUCGUGUACGCAUUCUUCCGCUCUCGUACCCUUGGCUACGAUGUCUAUCCCGAAGAUUACUUCCUUCAAAACUUUCCUUGGCAGCAAUACGGCGGACUCUGGAUUUGCGACGAAGCUCGUUUUGCCCGGGCAGAGCCAAUGCACUCUCUUUCUGCGCAAGCUCUUCGUCGUAUGACCAGUGAUGGGGCUUCGCGACGGUCUAGCAACAGCAACAGCCCGACUAGCCCUUUUACCAGUAGCUCAUUCCAGCACUUACCCGCUGCAAACGCGCACAUGCGAGUCGAAGCACAUAGUAAUCUUCCAGCGUUUGUCUCUUCUCUUGAUGGAUGCACGAGCGGUCUUUUCAACACCGUACAGUGUCAUGAAAGCAGUCCAGUGUUCAACAUGGGCGGUCUGCGUACCGCGCUACCUCAACCUGAGGCUGUCAGACCGAAUCUUUCUCUCUUGACGGACAUAGGACGAAAGUACCCGGGCUUUCCAACGCCACUCUCACCAACACUGAGCGCGAAGGAACUAUUUCCGUCGCCUGUGUCCGAAGCCGGAAGUGUCGCUGCGACUCCACGUUGUAUUAGCCCUGCUAUUCGUUCCACUAGCCCCAUGAGCAUCGACGGUUCUGAGAUGUGUGGGCCGUCUCGUCGCUGCCAGUCUCAUGGUUACGAGCAUUAUGCCUCGCAGAUGAGCCUCAUCGACAACGUUCUUUCCGGAAACAACUAUAAAUCCGGCAUUCUUGGUCCGUCACCGAUACACUCCCCUCCACGUGCUCCAUCAAUAUCGUCUCUUAGCAUCACAAGCCCUUUGAGCCCUAGCAGUCCGUCACGCUGCGUUUCCCCUCGCACAGCCAUGCUGAAGAACAUGGUUGGGAAGCAAGCCCUCCAAAGCCUAUCACACGAUCCGACACUCUACCCAGCUUCCGGCUUGCAAGUCCACCCAAGUACCGUCAACGCAUACUGUCCUACGGCAUCCUCGUCUGUACGAUCUCUUUCGCCUCGCCCUGCGACCAAGUGUCUCGCUCCGGCUCCGGCGUCAAUCAACAUCGCCAACGGUACAGAGACGAAUCCUACGUCUCCCAUUGAUCCAUCCGGUACUAUUCUGCUGUACACAUCGAAUCGCAGCGUCGACUCAGGCCUUCUCGGUGUCCGUCCGCUCUCUGAAAUCCAGGUUGCAGAGUAUCGCUUCUGGCGACCUUGUGGGCGUAGGGUUUGCGCGUUUGGAUGUAGUAGUGCUCAUGAGGGUGAGUGGGCAGCUGCCAAGCGCCUUUUCCAAGAUGUCAAGGAAGUCAAACUCGACGAUGAAGCCUAUAGUGCAGGAGAAGAGAAGGAACAGGACCCAGGAACGCGUGCAACUUUUGGAUAUGACGGCGAGUCCGAGGAUGGCAAUGUGGAUGAGGGCUACGGAAGCCAAGAGCUGCUCAAGUUCAGCGCGAGUACAUGGGCUGGCAGGAGGAUGGUGACGGAUUGGAAUCAGUUCCUCAUGGGCUGCGAGAGGGAGGGUGUUGCGAGGCUUUGA